AUGUCAGUACACUUUGGCUUUCCGCCAUCAUCACUCUUCAUGCUUGAUCAGGCUCAAACAAAGCCGACUAUUCCAACUCGCCAAUUGGCAAAGCUCGGCAUAUCACCUGCAAUUUACAGCAUCACCUUGCACCCAGAGUUCUCCCUCAUUGCUAUUUUUCUGUAUACAACUGUUGUCCUAUUUCUGAAUGGCAUAAACAGAAGGAGACACGGACAACCAUGGGCGAUAAACCAUACCAGGUGGUUCCGACAUGCGGUUAUCGUACAUGAUGUCCCUCUAGCUCUUUGUUCAGCCUGGAUGUUUUUCAGGGUUGUUCGGACAUUCAGGAACGCAUGGCCCAAAAGACAUGAUGCAUUCUACACAGUUCUGGUGGCAGACCUCUUCUGUCGAGGUGGGCAGAUUCUACCUCAUCAGGAAACAAUUCAGGAGUUCGUUUUUGUGGGCUGGGCAUCUUACAUAUCAAAGUUUUACGAGGUUCUCGAUACUGUUAUCAUUCUUGCAAAAGGAAGACAGGCUUCGCUACUCCAGAUUUACCACCAUGCAGGUGUAAUUCUCGUCGCAUGGGCGUCAAUCCGAUUUGAAUACCCGCCUGCAUUAAUGCUUUUUUCAUUUAAUGCUGGUGUCCAUGCGCUUAUGGAUACUGACCAAAAGUUGCAGUAUACCUAUUUCGCAUUGGUGUCCAUUCAUGUGGCAGUGCCUCGAUCAGCUAAGGCAGCAAUAACCUCUAUCCAAAUCGUGCAGUUUUUCAUUGAGCUUAUUGUGUGCCCAAGCUACCUCUUUGUCUAUUAUGAUGUUCCUGCGGACUACACUCGUUACAAUGAUUACAGGAAAAUGGGAGAUUCUUUGGACGCACCGGCAUCUAGAGAUGCUGGACUUAACGGACAGUCCUAUUGCAACACACGAACAGUCAGUUGUAUGAACAAGGCAAGCCAUACCUCUGUGACAUGGCUUGAGAUUCUUUUCAUUCUUUCUUUGACAUGGAUGUUUCUACAGUUUUUUCGGUCUACUUAUCUUCAAGCUGGAAAGAAAGAGGCUCUUUAG